UUCGUUGACCAUCAGAUCGCUAAUCAAUAUCAAGGGUCAACUGACCAGUAUUUGAUUAAUCAAAUAUCCGGGGUUUUUUUAUAGCCCUAUUUAAAAGAUAUAUGUAGAGGUAUCAAAAUGAUUGAAGAAAUACAAUAAGAUAAAAUAUGUCUUACAAAUUAGAAGUUAUUUUACAGGAGUAUAUUUAGUGCAGUUCUCAGUAGGGCCCUAGUAGUAAACGACCUUCACCUUCGUAAUGGCAUGCCUCGCUGGUACGUUAUCCUAGAUAGUAAAAAUUAUGGAGAUGAAAUCGUCAAAUUACAACCCCUUAGCCACGUGUGAUCAAACAAGAAGACGUUAUUUAUUCAUACAGACGAAAAAAAUAUAUAGUGCGGUGAUUAAAAAUGAUUUAUUACCUUACAAUGAAGAAAAUAUCCGCAUAAUAGAAAGAACCAAAAGCUAAAGUCCACAUAGAGAAAUAAAAUUGACACAACAUAUUUUAAACAGAAAUCGGAAUUCUUCGUAUAAAGUUUAUGUCCGAUACUACGGCACUGCGCGCCUCUGUUCACUUGCCAUGCUUCGUUUCUUCGGUACACGCAAAUACAUUCCGAACUUCUCCUCCGUUCAAUGGCUGAUUGAUCUGUUUUAAAAAAAAAUGGAUAAAUCUAACACGAUCACCUGAUCUCCGGGAUACACAAAUCUCAACCUGGUAUCGGGGAAAAAUCAAUGGUCAGGGGAAUUGGGACCACGCAUGGCAUUAGCAACACCUCUUUUGUAGAGUUUCUUAUAUAUGAAGGAAAUAUCGGCAUUUUGAUUGGCUCAGCGUAUUCUCUCACAACCAAACAAAUAGCGGCGAGCAACCAGGUACAGUCAUUCAAUGUUACAAUCACUUGUGCUUCAAACUAAGGGAUUUACAGACACGCAAAAUGAUAACGCACGUGCUUUUAGUUGUAUUGGUGAUUUGUUUAAUCUACUUUUACAGACAAAGGAAAGAAAAAAUGCAGAUUUUUGAAAAAAUGGGUAUACCGGGUCCAAAGCCAAACUUUUUAUUUGGGAAUUUACUCGCAUUUUGGAGAAUGCCAUUAUUUAAAAAAUAUCAGGAAUGGUACAGAGAAUAUGGAAAGACUUUCGGAUAUUUCGAGGGACCUACUCCAGUCUUAGUUACAGCAGAUGUAGAGUUAUUACAGCAAGUGUUCGUGAAACAAUUCAAGAAAUUCCACGCAAGAAAGGUUUUUCCCGUUCAAGUGGAUCCAGAUAGUGAUGAAAAUGUCCACAUGUUUUUUGCAAGAGGAGAAAGAUGGCGGCGGCUGAGGUCCAUUGUUAAUCCUGCUUUUAGUUCAACAAAGAUGAGGACGAUGACGCCUCUAAUUAAUCAUCGAAUUGACCAACUUUUAGACAUUGUCGAUGACCACAACGUCAACGAUAGGAGUUUCGAUAGUUAUGAGCUGUUCCAGAGACUUACGCUGGACACUAUUGCCGAUUGUGGCUUUGGAAUGAAUACGAACGCUCUCAUAAAUAAUGAUGAUGAAUGCAUCAAGAAUUGCCGAGGGGUUAUAAGAGAUACCACCAAACGCCCCAUUCUCUUCAUGCUCGGAUUUAUUUUCCCAGCGCUUCACCGUCUCUGGAUCACUAUAUACAACUUCAUGCACUUUGUAUCAUUUAACCCCGUUUUCUGUCUAGAAAGCUCGAUGAGAAAAAUCAUCCGCAACCAGAAGAAACAAAAGCCUUCAAAAUCCAACCUUUUGGAACUAAUGUUGACGUCAGAAUUUAACCCCGACGCAGACGAAAUCGAUGUAGGCGACGUUGACCAGCGAGAUAACGUGGUCAAACGGCGUCUUCUGACCAACGAAGAACUCGUGGCCCAGUGUUUAUUGUUCUUGUUAGCUGGGUACGAAACCACCAGCACAACAUUGGCUUACAUCAUGUACGAAAUGUCUGUCAACCCCGAAGCGCAGAAAAGACUUCAAGAAGAAAUCGAUGAACUUUUUCCAGAAAACGCGGACAAUCCAAGCUACGAUCAAAUUCAGAAAAUGGAGUACCUCGAUAUGGUCUGGUGUGAAACUUUACGGAAAUACCCAUUAGCAAGCACGGUCGUUGCACGACAAUGCAUGGAAAGUUGCACAGUUAAUGGCAUUGAUAUCCCAAAAGGAAUGCUAGUCCAAGCUAAUGUCUGGAGUGUACACUAUAACCAAGAACAUUGGGUCGAAGACACUCAGAGAUUCAUUCCUGAAAGAUUUACGGAACAAAGGAAAUCCGAGAGACAUCCGUUGGCUUGGAUGCCGUUCGGAAGUGGUCCGAGAACAUGUGUGGGACUUCGAUUAGCGCAACUGGAAGGCAAGAUGACAAUCAUUCGUAUGCUUAAAAAAUAUUCAUUCGUUCCUUCUGAAACCCAAGAAAUUCCAAUCCAGUGUGUGGAAGGGGCAACCAUUCUACCAAAAGAUGGGGUCAAUGUGCGAGCCGUUAUGAGAAGUUCCUAGAUGUUUUCUUCGCAAAAAGGGGAAGGAAAUAUAAGAGCCCAGUAUUACACAGAGAUUAAAAAACGUUUACCCGUCCGUCGCUUGCCAACAAUCUAUUUACACUAUACUUGACUUUGUGAGCCAUCCAUAUGUAUACUGAAAGCAUUUGUUUUAUUUUGUGUGUGAAGGUCACAUAUAGUGACGCAAUUUGAAGGUCACGUAUGGUGACGCAAUUUGACGCAAAAGUUGUAUUUAUUUGUUGGUUGACAUCCACAUUGCGUGUUGUGUUCGUGUGAGUGUGUGUUCCUCUGUAUGAUUGGUGUAUUUUGACGAACGAAUGUAUUUAUUGGUGUAAAAGUGUAUGCAUGUAUAAUUAUCGCGUGUAAGUGAGAGGAAGUAUGAAAGCUUGUCAUGUUCAUUUAUAUGUUCUACUUCAAGAUUGUUUACAGUGUUCCGUAUGAUUAUAUGUAACUGCUGUUGAAUGAUUGUGACCGAGGGAAUUUUUCCCCCUCGGAAUUGUAUGCUCUCUUUCUGGAGGUUCCCGUUCAGUAGUACGAAAUACUUUCUGCAUUUAAGACUAUAAUCUCUUUCUUGUAAAAAGCCAAAGUAACCGCAUUAUAAAUUUGAAGCAUUAGACUAUACGUACACCUGUUUUAUCGCUACUGAACGAAACCGGAAGUGUAUUUUGUCCACCAGGGCAGCAUUCAGUUUCAUGACAAGUUGACGCAAUUCUCACAUCAUGUAAAUGAAAAUGUUUCAUCCAUGAACAAAAUCAAGCUCAUAUUUGUGAGUUGAUACUACUAGUCUUUCAAAAUAUUAUGUUUAUUUAUUGUUUAUUUAUUUAUUGAAAAUAAAAUGAAUAUGAAA